GUUUACACAUUUAUUCGAUUUUAAUCAGUUAAAGGAUUCUAUGCAGCCAGACGAAGUAUGUCUAUCUGAUCAAGAUGUAUUCAAAGACCUGUCUUUGCUUUAACACCACAUUGUAGCACUCUUGUCUUCAUAGUUACCAUUUAUGUCUAUUCAGCUAUGCUAAAUCUAAGAGGAAUUUUUACUAUUCGUUUUAUACAGGAAAUCUUUUUGGAAAUUUUAUACCUUUUUGGAAUGAAGUGAUCUCAUUGAGUGACCAUCAAAAAUGAGCGCUGUUGCCCGAGACAUUUGGCGAUACCACCACUGGCCAUCACAGAAGGAUUUUUGGCACCGGCAGCAUACGUCCCCCGGGAGAUGGACUCAUCGGUCGGCACCGGAGGAAAUGCUGCAGGGGGUGAGCGGGGAAUUUGUGGGCUUCGACAACAAAAUCAGCCCCCAGGAUCUAGAGAGGGUCCGCUACCAUCACUGGCCGGAGAGACGUCAGAAACGAAAUCCUAUCUGGGAUAACAGUGAACGUCAGGAAUAUGACUUCAUGCACUCCAACAACAUCACGACGCUUACGGCGCCAUUUGGUACCAAUGAUACUCCAAAUAUAUCCUACAAAAUUAUUGGCAGUAAACCUGUUCAUGUUAUAGAAAGCUUGAAGCCACAAAGGCCAGAAGAUUCAACAAUUUACACAGGGCCAAGGAUUCAUAAUUUAGACGGAGUUACAAUCAAACCAAACCAGGUUAAUCCAAGGAUUUUAAACGAGAAAGCCAAGGGAUAUUAUAGUGCACAACAGCAUGACGGUUACACCGAGGAGAAUUACACUGGGCUUCCUAAGUUAGUGACUUUGGACCAAUUCUCGUCCCACGUGCAUGGUAAACCUACAUAUUCAAAUCCAGUCACAUACAGAGGUCAAAGGCCAGAUUCUAAAACACUAAAUCCUUUCCCCAAUCUACCUCCCAUAGAGGCCAAUCGCGGCAAAAAUCAGAAAUCUACCGUUUUUGAAAAAGAGGCUUGGAUUCCAUCGAAUGGUCUGGAACCCAAACUAUCCACAGAUACUGAGUAUAAAGAACAUUUUGAACCAGGGAGACCAAACAGUGAACGAUACCAACCCACUUAUCAAAAUAAUUUUGACCGUGUGAUUCAGAACAGUCCUAGAAAAUCGUACAGCGAGGUAGGCGGUCCAACGAUGGAGAGAUCAUUUAAAGACUCAAUGUUACAAAUGUUACCACCAGAACCAUUCUUACCCUCUGACCCUGUGAAAUAUACGAGCGAACAACGUCAGAGGCUGUUAGAUAUGGCGGCAGAAGAAAUGAGAGGAGUCACCACCGACAGGCUGAAGGGGGCCUACCACCUCUUAUCCAGAAUCGACAGACAGCUGAAUGGAUUGUGUCAGUUUGAAAACGUGAAAGACAUCUUGAAGCAGGAGAGGGCUGACCCAACUCAAGACACUUUGAGGCUUAUAGCAGCCAUGUGUGUGGUUCCAAAAGUGCAGAAUAUGGUUAACUAUGAAGACAUUAUUACAUUUUUAAACGAUGCAGUCAGACUUACACAGAAUGGCCCAUCCGACUCUAGUCGUCAUCAGUAUUACCAGCAAGGAGGGCCCUCAGUCAAAACGAACAUUUCGAUCCCCAGAGAGAAAGAAACAGCGAUGCUGCUUCAAAAAACAGCCCAGCAGUUGGGAACUAGUAAAAUCGACAUAGAAAGUUUAAUCAGAACUUUUCAACUUUACGACCACGAGCGCACAGAAAUGCUGUCCGCUCUUGAGAUUAAGAACGUUUUAUUUGACAAUAAAAUUCAAUUGACUGAAUCACUAAUCGACGAUAUUUUGGCAAAGAUGACAGAUGCAAACCGGGACGGAAAAUACAAUUGGCGACGGUUUGUGGACUUCUUAGAACGCGUACAGCCUGCCAGAACGGGACUGGAAAUCACGUACAACAAACGACCCCUUGAAUACGCAAAACAGUACCCCCAGCCUGUUGAGUCCUGGCCCCGGGCAAGGGAAUCUCCUCGAUAUUCAUCUCCCCCUCCAGUCAAUAAUUACGGACCGAGAUCGCCAUUAUCUCCAAGAAAGAACAUGAGUUAUUCGAACAGUCCUCGGUUCGGAGGUCCCUCGGGCCCCAGCAAUGAUAUCUGGCGAAAAAUCCAGGAUAUCGAGGACGAAAUAAAAAAUUUAGAGCAAAAUAAUCAGCCCAAUACAAAUCGCCAAUCUCAGAAGGAUAUUUCCCAUCGCAUUGCUACAGUCCAGGAUGAAAUCAAUGAGUUAGAAUUCAGCAAUAAGUUUUUGCGACAAGGCAUCGAGUCAAACGCCAGGGGUGAUUCCUGGGAGGCGAAACUCAUCCAACUGGCAGGGCAGCUGUAUCGCCUGAACGAAACACGCUAUAGAUCUAGUGGAGUUCUGCCGUUUGAGACAAUUGUGGACCAAACGACGAAGUACAAUGAAAACGCCAGAAUGGGAUUACCAUAUGACGUCAUAUAUCGACUUGCUCAAAGACAUAGCAACGAUCGUAACCAAGUAGAUAUUGAUAGAUACCUGAACGACUUAGGAGAUGAUAGAACAUGGUACAUGAAAUAACCUUUGGAAUUGUAGAUUGUCAGUGCUGCCAAACAACAUAGAAUGUCUCUGUCAUUACGUCAUUUCUGAUGUCAUCACUUCAUGUCCACUUAAACAAAUGUAUAACUUUGUAAUGAACAUAACAUUCCAGAAUGUAUAUCAACAGAUUUACAAAAAAUUUCGAUAUUUUUGAAUUGAUAUACUGCCAUAUGGAAUAGGGAAAAGGGUUGAAUGCAUAUUACUCUUAUUGCAACUGGAAUCUAUGGUCAAGGUUUUGAUUUACAAUUAAUCGUGAAGUAUAUCAUACAUUUAAACAUAUUCAAAGUACUUUCUAUAUUUUCCCAAAGGCUACUGGAAUGAUCAAAAGAGAGUUCAAGUUGUAUUAUAAUAGUUAAGGGGAUGGAACACAAAUUUUACUGUUCUACAAUAGACUUCCUUGAUCAACAUUCGAUAGACGUCCAUGUAAUAGUCUGUGAUAUUUUGUCUUAUUUGAUUCUGUCUGUUUUAGAUUAGAAUUUUAAGAAGGUAUAUUCUUCUCAUUUUUUCGCCAAGGAGCUUUAGAAUUUAAAAAAGGAAAAAUAUAUAUUCGUACGUUGUUGUACAAGAAAAUGUGAGAAAAAUACUAAUUAUAUACUUAAAGUUAUUGAUUAAAUCUGUGUGAAAAGAUGUUGGAAAUUUAAGAAGAAAGGUGCCUGAUAAACUUGUAUGUGAUGUGAUAUAUCAGCAGAGAACUAAAGCACAAUCGUAAAUGAUUUAUAUAUUUAAAACUAUUAUUCCACGUCUUGUACAGUAGUUCAAAGUUCUGUGAUAUUUUGGAUAUAUUUAUAUUUUCAUUAAUUAUAUUUAUUGAAUAAAGGUUAGAUUUUACAUCAGUUA